GCUGGAGCGCGAAGGAAGGCGGUCGGCGGGUGCGGGGCCGCUUUCUGUUUCCCAGGGUUUCUCCGCCGCCCGGGAACGAGGGCCGGGAGGCUCCAGGGGCGCUCGGUCAUCUUCCGACGGGCCCCGUUGCCAUGAGGGGAGCCGCGGCCUAGCGCCCCGACGAAGCCUGGGACUCGCGUAGACGCCGCCGCCGCCGCCGCAGCAAUGUCCUUAGUGGCCUACGCCAGCAGCGAGGAGGAGCGGGAGGAGGAGGAGGAGGAGGAAGAAGAGGAGGAGGAGGCGGCGGCGGCGGAGGAGGAGAGCGAGAGGGCGGCCACGGGCCCGCGGGGUCUCCUCUCAGUCCUGCCGCCGGCCCGGCCCGGCCCGGCCCCGAAGCGGCAGCCGGUGCGGAUCCCGGCGCCGCGGCUGCCCGAGGAGUCAGACUCGGAGGAGGAAGAGGAGGAACCGGCGCCCAAGAAGCCCGCGCGGCUCGGGGGUCUCUCGGCGCUUCUCCCGCAGCCCCGCCGCGGCCCUCCGCAGCCCCGCCGGACCGACCCCGCCGCGCCGCCCUCCCCGUCGGCCAUCAAGGCGGCGGCCAAGAGCGCGGCCCGGCAGGUGGCCCGACAGGUGGCCCAGGAAGGCGAGGCGGAGCCCCCGCAGCCCUUCUUCCCGAUGCCUCCGCCGCCCCUCGGUCCGCCCGCAGCCGCCGCCUUCCCCGACGACCUCCCGCCCGGCACCGAGCCCGACGGCCAGGACGGCGCCGACGCCCCGCUGGAGUUCAGGACGCCCCCCGGCGCCCGCCCCGCCCCGCCCGGCUGGCCCCCCGCGCCGGCCCCGGACUACGGCGCGCCCUACGCGGGAUACUAUGGCGGGGGCUACUACCCGGAGAACGACCCGGGCUUGGGGCCGCCCGUCGAGGGCAGCGCGGACGCCGCCUCCGCCUCUUUCAUGGACGACGAAGCGUUCAAGCGUCUGCAAGGCAAGCGCAACCGCGGGCGAGAAGAGAUCAGCUUUGUGGAGAUCAGGGGCGACGAUCAGCUGAGUGGAGUCCAGCAGUGGCUCACCAAGUCCCUGACCGAGGAGCAGAGCAUGAAGUCCUUCAGCAAGAAAAAGGGGGAGCAGCCCACAGGGCAGCAGCGAAGAAAGCACCAGAUCACCUACUUGAUCCACCAGGCAAAAGAGCGUGAGCUGGAGCUGAAGAACAGUUGGGCAGAGAACAAGCUCAGCCGAAGGCAGACCCAGGCCAAGUAUGGAUUUUAGCCCUUCCCAGCCGAAGGGGGGCUGCACUGGGUCCCAAGCAAGAUGGCUGACGGGGGAUCCUGUCUGGCAGGCAACAACGAGCUCGCUGACCUGCCUGCCGACCGGCCUGCCGGGAAGCUGCUGCAGGAGUCUGUGCAGCCAGGCGCCUUGCAACACGCCCUGCCCCAAAGAGGAGAGGGUCCGUGUCUACUUGAGUUGGGGGGCUCUUACCCCCUUGAUUCAAGAGACCUUGAUUUCCCUCUCACAGUUUUUCUUUGAAGGUAGGAGGGAGCCCUGUCUGGACUGGGGAUGGCUGUCUGCCCCACCCCACCCCACCCCUGACGAUGUCCCACCUGGAGGUCAGGGGACUGGAGAGCUUGCUUGGCUGUGGGGCUGCUUCCCCCCCCCCCCUUAGCAUAUAUGGGUGUUUGUGUUCCUGACCCGUGUCUGGGCCCUGUUGCUGGCCACAGCAAGGUCUUGUUUUCGUGAAUUGGCAACACUGCCCCUCCCCCCUCCUCCUGGUUUUAGUUUGUUGAUUGUCCUCCCUGGCACACAGGGUUUCAAUUUCAGAGAUUGGAGGGUUUUGUCUCCCUUCCCUUCCCCCCCCCUCCCCGGGGUUCCCUCUUGACCAGUCUGUGGCUGUCCAGGAGACCCACCUCUUCAGAAUUUUUUUUCAUAGCUUACUGACUUUGCUUUUCUUAGACCAGUCCUUAAAAGGGGAGCAGUUUUCCAGUUAAUGGACCUCCUCAAACACAGAGCAAAUGGGGGGGGCGAUGGUGUCUUCUGUGCCACCCCCUCCACCCCCACCCUCUCUAGGUGAGCCAGGGUGGCCCCCACCCUGGCUCUUAUUACACCCUCCCUCCCUCCCUCCUGCUUUUGGUGGUCUUUCUUCGUCCACAUCAUUCAGAUUGUAACCAUUUCCUGUUCAGCAGACGGAUGUCCAUUUUUGCUGCAGAAUAUCUGUAUUUAGGGGGUUUUUUUUCCUAAAAAGAUCUUGAGUUUAUUUCCCUGGACACUUUAGUACUUAGGAAAGCUCCCUGUCCCUAUUUUGAAUAUUUGAAAAUAAAACUCAUUCAGUAA